UGUUUUCUCCCCAAGGAACCAAGCAUAAUGUGUUAUAUACGCAAGCUCGGCUAGGUACAUGUAGUCUAUCUGAUUUGCAUAGAGUGAAAUACGAAACGCACGUAAGGCCGGUUUGAAGAGAAGUGGGAGGGGGGCGUUUGUGUACCUACCGCCAAGGAAAGGACCAUUAGGGUUCCUUCUGUGCUAUUCAAUAGAAACGAGCUCCAGGAGGUAAAGAAAUACAUCCUUUUCAAGUCAAAGAUGCUUUCUGCAGAAUCUGCCCUGCCCUACUGGUUCACCGUGUGUGUAUCGGCGGUUGGAACGUGGGUGAUUUUCAGGCUGGUUCCGGUGAUUCUGGGGAGAUCCAUUGUUGCCAAACGGUACAACAGUCUACCAAUCGGCGAGCAGAGAAAGGUGCAGAAAUGCACGGCGUCGUUAUGUGCAGCCCUGGUGGAAGGCACGAUCUCAGGUUACAUCUUCUUAUUCCGCUCGGACAUCGGGCCGGAUCUUGUACGAUAUGACUGUUCUUUACUUCGCCAUAACGUUGCCAUCUUCCUGGGUUAUACCAUAGCAGACACUCUCCUGCUUUUGCUAACGCCGGAGUUCACAGGGGUCAAUGACCUCCUGUUACACCACGCUGCAAGUCUGUACAGCGGCUAUGCUGGGCUGACAUACCCGGUUCUCCCGUACUACAUCAACCUUUAUCUUCUGAUGGAGAUUUCCAACCCGAUGCUGAACAUGAGAGUUAUACUGGACGUGAUGGGGUACAAGAGAUCGGACCUUUACAUGAUCAACAGCGUCGUAUGGACAGUUGCGUUCUUCCUAGUCCGAAUACUCACCAUUCCUCUCUUCUGGUACAACGUGGCAGUGUACGCGUCUAGAGCGCUCUUCCAACAAGGAGUUGCAAUCAUACUGACAGGCUUGGUUCUCAUGCCCAUCUUUAACGCCAUGAACGUCUUUUGGUUUGUCAAGAUAUUAUUAGGGGCUAGAGCAAUUAUUAAGGAUCGUCAGCAGUAGAUAUGUGUUGUAAAGGACGUUUUUCUUUUCAUUCCAUUCAAGGUUUAUAUUUUGCUUUCUCCCAUUCGAGUUGAAUAUACACACACACACACACACACAAACACUCUCAGCAGUAGAUAUGCAGUAAAGGACGUUUUGUCUUCAUUACAUUCAAGGUUUAUAUUUUGUUUUGUCCCUUUCGAGUUGAACACACACGCACACACAUACACACAAACGCGCGCGCGAACACACGCACAUGUAUUCUGUAUCCAUCUGAUUUCUUAUCAGCCAAAGAGACCGCACGUAUUUCUAUAAAAAUGUUAAGAUUCGUAAACGUAACUCAAUGUCAUCUGAAACUAGAAAAAAUAUAUUGAAAGAUUUUAGGCAUAGAAGACGUAAAGCUAUUAUAAUAGAUAUACCGUGUAGUAUACAAUCUGGUUUCAUAAAAUGAUUUAUUGUAAGUUCAUUGUUGUCAUGACAAUCACACCGUUUGUAUUUCUUCCAUCCACGGAGCUAGCUGUUCUAAGGUGACAAAGUGUACACGGAUGAACAUACAUUCUUACAGUAAAUGUAACUAAUUAAGGACAUUUAUAUGUCAACUGUGAUUAUGGAAGAACUUACAUCACCAUUACUAUUUUGCUGGGUAGAAUAAUUGUUGGUAAAAAUUUGAUUUCAUAUUUGGAAUAAAAACAUGUUCAUGACGUCUUAAA